UGUCCGUUUGGUUUGAGAGUUUUCCAGCGUUUUCUUGAAGCUGCGUUUUAUCAAGCUGGGACCCACGCCAAGCUGAAGUGAGGAAACGCAGGGCAGCAAACGCAAGUUUCACUUUUACGCACCGUUUCAUUUAUUCCCAAACGCGUAUCACUGUUCAUGGACCGUUUUACUGCUGUACGCACCGUUUCACUAAGCUGUACGCAUUUCACUAGCAAGACCUGAAACAAAAAAGACUUCCUGCGCGUCCUGUUCAUGGCUUUGGGAGUGUGCUAAAACGGUGCGCUCAUUGCAGACCAGGCUUGGAGUAUCAGAUCAAAACGGUGCGCAAUUAAUCCAAACGGCUAUUUCCAUUCUCAACUACCGGUGGCAGAAUGCAGUCAAUCCCCUUCAAUGCUCUGUCCGAAGCCUCUUCAAUGUCUUUCACCCACCCACCAACCACAAAGCUAUCAAAACUCUUCACACCAGUUUUUGUUUGCAAACCCAGUACGCAGAACCAAAAAAAAAGCUCACCUCUGUUCAACAAACGCUCGAGCUCAGCUUCUCUUCGCUUGGGUCAUCGUUGCCGCUGCUGUGGAACAAUUCAUUCACGGUUUUGUAAUGGUGGGAUUGAGUAUGGUGAAUCGUUGAUGAUGUUGUGAAUGCUCAUAGAGAGGAGAUUGAUGAUCUUUAUGUGAAGGAUGGGAUCAUUGUUGCUGUGAAGUGCUGCAUUAAGCAUUAGAUAUCAUCCGUAUUUGAAGGCUUUGAAUUUUUAAGCUCGAUAUCUUUUAGAUCAUUGUGCAAUAGUUAUAAAGCAGUCUCAAGGUAUACAAAAGGAUGGAUUUGCUAAGAGACUCAUCUGAUUCCCAGCACCAGGACGCAGACUUCGACCUGAGUGAUGACAUUGUCCUCGCAGCAUAUCUAGCUGGGUGUGCAUGUCUAGCUUACGUGGAUACCUACAUGACCAAAGUACCAUUGCAUACUAAUAUACAAACAGGCUUCGAAUGGGUACAGUAUAUUUUAACUGGACAUGAUAAGAAAUGUCAAAGAAAUUUUAGAAUGUCAAGCUAUGUGUUUAGACAAUUGUGUAAUACACUGCGUCAGUAUGGAUAUUACGGUACCAGAAAUGUUUGCUUGGAAGAGUCUCUGGCAAUGACAUUGAUGGUACUUGGUCAUGCUGGGGGUAACAGAAUGGUACAGGAAAGAUUUCAGCGCUCCGGUGAGACAGUGCAUCGACACGUGAAGACAGUAGUUACAUUGUUAGCCACCGUUAUGGCACCAGACAUUAUCCAGCCUACUGAUCGUACAUUUCGAGAUGUGCCAGAACAUAUUCAACAUUCACAUCGAUAUUGGCCACAUUUCAAGGAUUGCAUUGGUGCAAUUGAUGGGGUCCAUGUCCCCGUCGUCGUUGGUGAGAAUGAGCAGCUCCCAUACUAUAGCAGGAAGGGGACCACCACAACAAAUUGCAUGUGCGCAUGUGACUUUGACAUGAAGUUCACAUUUGCAUGCGUUGGAUGGGAAGGGUCAGCGCAUGACACGAGGAUUUUUUCAAGCUGCCUCAAUGAUGACAGUAACAACUUUCCAAAAGCUCCACUUGGAAAGUAUUAUCUGGUUGAUUCAGGAUACCCUAUGAGAAGAGGGUUCCUUGCACCAUAUAAAGGGGAGAGGUACCACAUUGGAGAAUUUCGACCUUCUGAAGUGUUGCAUCGUCCAGAGGAGAGAUUUAAUUAUCUCCAUUCAUCACUCCGUUCGGUCAUAGAACGAACUUUUGGAGUUUGGAAGAAUAAAUGGGAAAUUUUGAGACAUAUGCCACCCUUUAAGAUGCGCACUCAAAACUUGAUCAUUGUUGCUACAAUGGUUCUUCACAAUUUCGUUAGAGCACAUGAGAUAAACAAUGACGAUUCAUGUUCCAGAUCUAUAGGGGGCAUAUCAUUUGGUAAUGAGAGAGGUUAUUAUGAUGUCGUGGCAGAAGCAGUCUCAGUCUUGGAUGAACCUGAGAUGAAACAGGUUCGUAUGGAUAUCACAGCAUCGAUAUGUGCGGACGAUGACUGAUUUUUGUGGGAACCAUAACUGAUGGUUCACAAACUUUGUCAUGAGUUUGUUUUGUUGGGAAGCAUAAGGAUCAAGUGUUCAAUCUGUAUCUUAGCAACUUUCAGGAAACUUGAUAGUUUAUCCAAAUUCACACAAAAAGUGUUUUGUUGUUGGCAUCGACUAUG